UAACAGUAGAGUUCCUCAAACCUAAACCAUAUUUUGUUUCCGAUCCCCUUUUGAACAAGAGACAGAGGAUUCAUUCAGAGAGAGCACAGAAUGGGCAAAUCUUCCUCUAAGAAACUUAAACACUCUAAAGAAGAUCCCUCCUCCAAGUUGCGGUCAGUGAAGAAGAAGAAGAAGACGAAGAGAAGCAAAUCAAAGAAGAUUCGUCAGAUUAAAGACUCUUCUUCUUCUGAUGAGAGUGAAUCAGAUUCUUCUUUGUACUCUUCUUCUAGUUCGGAAGAUGAGUACAGGAGAGAGAAGCAUCGUAGGUCUAAACUGAGCAAGAAGAAGAAGAAGAAGAGGUCACGCAAGAGAUAUUCUAGUAGUAGCGAGAGUGAUGAUAAUGAUGAGGAAGAUGAUGAUAUUCGUGUUUUAAAGAAAAAGAAAAGGUCUAAGAGGAAGGAAGGGACCAAGAAGAAGAAGAAUAAGAGAAUUGUCUCAAGAAAGAGACGUAAGAGAGAACCAACUUCAAGCUCCACUAGUAGUGAUGAAGGUAGUGAGAGUAAUGUAAAGAGAAUGAGUAGUGAAAAAGAGUGGGAGGAAGAUGAUGAAUGCUGGCAAGUGGAAGAUGAAGUUAUGGCUGAGAAGCAGAACUCUAAAAGGCUUAAGUCGAUUGUUGUGGUACCGUAUAACUAUGAUAACGAUGAGAGAAAGGAGGACAUGAUUGUGGGUGAUGAAUCUGAUGAGAAUAUGAUUGUGGAUGAUCAGAGAGAUGGUGAAGGUGCUCGCUCUUCUCCUAUAACUGAUGGUCAUUACAACAGACGUACUGGCUAUGAUGAGUUUGAGGAACACCAUAGUUCUGAAACUAGCAAAGCUUCAGAUUCAGACAAUAGUUUGAAAGGUGAUGACCUGGAAGCUAUUCUAAAGAAAAGAGCGUUGGAGAAUUUAAAGAGGUUUCGUGGAGAGACCCAAAAGAAUGAAACUGUAAGAAAAGAUUCAGGAGGAGAAACUCUGCAACCUGAAUCUGAAAUUAUUAAAGACACAGAAGGCCGCCCUCUCAUGGAGCAGAAUCUCUGUGUUUCUGAGGGAGACAAAGAUCUUGAGACUUCAGAAAGGAUGUUACAAGUUGUUAAUGUCAAGGAAUCUGGAAUAGGGUUGGCUGAUUCUGUCUCUCAACAGGAUCAACAGUCUGGUGAAACUGCCAGGGUUAAAGCUGGUACUGGAAUUAGCUCUUGUACAACCAAACGGAGAUUGAUUAGACCGGUAUUGGGACAAGAAAGUUCAAAUCUAGCUAGCAGGAAAGAAGCCGCUGGUUGUCAAGAUGCUGUAGCAGAGAACAUCAAUGGCAAGAGUUGUCCAGAAAAUUCUUUAGCUCUGGCAACAAAGAAUGGAGGUGAAAACAUUGAACCAACAAAAGUUACCUCUACGUCUUCUUCUCAUGAUGAGACUGAGACAUUAGAUGAAAACAAAGGAGAGUCUCAGUCUGAACAGAAGACGAAUGAUGAAACAAAAGGUGACUCGCAAUACGAACAGAAAACAAUGACCGUGAUGAGGGGUGGAGAAAUGGUUCAGGUGAGUUACAAGGUCUACAUUCCUAAGAAGACUUCUUCUUUAGGAAGAAGACAAUUGAGGAGGUGA